UCCGCCUCCUCUUGCUUCUCUACCUUUGCGACUGAUGUGUCUCUAAAAACCAGAUCCUUUUCUUCUUCCAUUGUUCUUCAACGACAGAUUGAAUUUUUCCCUCACUCUUUCUCUAGAAAUCCUCACUUGCUCACAGAGGUAACAUUCGUAUCUUUUGUUUUUUUAGCUCCCUGUGUUCAAACUUCCUGUUCAAUCGCUUUGUAAAAAGGAACACUUUUUGGCUAUGGGGUUUUGCUUUCUACCUUGCUCCCCCUCCUCCCUUUGUUCUGUGGUCGGAAAGUUAAUUUUCAGGCGUUUAACGGAGAGCUUGGUUUCUUCAUCUGGAUUCUGGUUUGGUUUUGUUGUUCUUUGACUCUUGCAUUAGAUCUGCUUCAUCAGUUGCUUUAGGUAUUAACUAUAGUUUAUUUUCCCUCCUUGUUGUUGCAAAAACAUUGAUGAACAACAAUUCUUUGUUAACCUGUUUAGUAUGACAAAUCAAUAUACUUUCUGAAUGAAAAUCCCACAGGCCUCACAAUCUGCAGCAAUAAUUUCGUUGGCACCUUCGAUUUCGCCAGUAAAUUAGUAUUUUGCUUGAUGAACACGAAUUAUCACAAAGAAAGUAUGCUGCCUUCUACAAAGAAAGCAUUAUCCUAAGAUUUCUUGAAAAUUCAUAGGAAUGGGAACAAAAGUGCACUCCAAAAGUUACCUGCCAGGUUAUCAGCAAACAAGGGAUCUAAAUGAAGAUACAAACUUCAGCUGGACACUGUUCUGUGAACAUAAAUCUGUCAGCAGGCAACUGUUCAAUGAAUUCAAACCAAGGGCGGCUGGAAGCUGUUUGGGAUAUGACAAAGACAUGUUGAAGAGAACAAUUCUUGAACAUGAAGCUAUAUUCCGAAAACAGGUUUAUGAGCUUCAUCGCCUUUAUAGAAUACAAAUGGAGCUGAUGCAUGAGCUAAAGAAAGCACAAAUGAACAGAAAUUUUCAGACACCUAAUUCAAGCAUGCUCGUAUCUCCAUUGCAUUCUGAAUUGAACAGAAAUUUUCAGACACCUAAUUCAAGCAUGCUCGUAUCUCCAUUGCAUUCUGAAUUGAACAGAAAUUUUCAGACACCUAAUUCAAGCAUGCUCGUAUCUCCAUUGCAUUCUGAAUUGGAUGAACAGAGAUGGCAUCCAUCUCAUCGGCCAAUGACUACAUCAAACGUUAUAGAAGUUAUUGACGACAACAAAGCCUCUUUAUACUUUCUGAAGGAAGACGUGAGUCCAAGUAAACAUGGGAAAUGUGUUAAGAGUAGCAAACCAGAAGAAACUGAACUAAAGAGGUUUACUAGAAGAAUUUUGGAUCUUAGUCUUCCUGCUGACGCUUACAUAGAAAAGGAAGAAGAUACAAAAAAAUAUAGAAGAGAAAAUGUUCGUGGCAUUCGGGAUGAUAAUGGUGUCGAGUUAACUCUUGGUAGUGUCGGGAUUCGUGGAAUCGGAAAAGCUAGUCUAAAAUCAAACUGGCAUUCAGAUGAUCAAUCAAUUCAUGGGUUGGCUGAUCUGAAUGAGCCUAUUAGGGAUUCUUGGGAGACCGAAGCUGUCAAAUCAAAUAUCUAUAAAUUGGAUGGUCUGAAUGUACUCUCAAAAGAAGUUGCAAAGCCUUGUCUACCAACAGAAUCAAAAACCAAGUUUUCACAUGAUUAUCUCUGCAAUGGUAACAGCUCAAACAGCCUUGGCACGCUCACAGUUGGGAUAACACAAGAACAACAAAUGCAGAACAAUUGUGCUGGGCAUAGUAGAGAUGUUAGCAAUGAAUAUCUGAGUUCCUUUGAGCAACUAAAGUUGAAAUUUAAGAAAUCAAGUUCCUUGCCUGAACAAGAUACAAUGGGAAUUUGGUUUCGAGAGAAAACUGUCCCUGUUGAAAAUUCUGCUAGUCUAGCAGUUAACUUGAGCAAUCCAAGAUUUAAAGCUUCACAGUUCACUCCUACAUUGAUGAAUCUGUCGGCCUUAAACCAUGUUGCUGCAUCUCCACCCGUUUUGAUUAGCACAGAGAGAAUACAGAUUGUAGACCAAAAUCCAGUUGCUGCACUUCAAGGGUUUUCUUGCUUCAAGAACUUGGAUGCGUUUAAACAAAGCAGCAGCAUUCCUGAAUGUAACAAAGUACGAUGCAAUGGGGAUUCACAGCCACAGAUGGAACCUGAUAAUUUAUUCUUAUCCCAUGCAGACAAUCAUCGUCAUGCUAUUCAAAUGGACUCGACUUCUUUGAUCACUAUACAAGAUUUGCAAAGCAACCUUGGGAAGCCAAAUCUCAGUGACUGUAAUGGGUUUGAAUCUCAAAGAUCCUUGAAGGACUCAAAGUUUGUUGAUUUUCAAUCUGUGAAGGGUUUGAAUUUGAAUCAGGCACUCCAUUGUGGUGAACAUGGUUUUUCAGAACAAGAAAGUUUAGCUAGAAAGCAAAAUGAAGCUUCUGACAGCUUGGUUUGGCUUAGAAAAUGGUCAUCUUGCAAUGGCUAUGCUGACAGAAAAGAAAAUGACACAAGAUCAAAUGUGCAACUUAACGUCGAGUUUCAAGGAUUAAAAAUCGAGAACCAGGAUCAUGCAAUCAACUAUGAAAAUGGAAAAUCAAUCAGAAAUGGUAGGCAAGGUUUAGAAAACGAGAUUAAUCUGAAUUGUGAGCUAAUAAUACCUGUUACUGAAAAUGAAUCGUGUGGAGCUUCAACUGUAGGAAUUCCAUCUUCACUUUCUAUGGCAGUGGAUGUUAGCAAAUCGACUUGUGAAAUUGAUCUGGAAGUACCAGCUGAUGCACUGGAAGAUGAUAAUAUGGACAUUGAUAUCAAUCAACCAAUUGCUGCGGUCGACAUCUUCACUUCCUCACUGGAUGUUUGCAUCACAUCAGCUGCAGAUGCUAUUGUUUCAAUGUCCAUAGAUGCACAUACUCAUUUAGGUAGGAUCACAAAUAUUCCGCCAACACCAACUACUUGUGAUUCCUUGCAUUUGUUGGCAGACAUUGCUACAUGUAUGCCAGAGGCAUUUGAAGCUUCUGGUGAUGAUGGAUUGGAUUUCUUCGAGUCAAUGACAUUGAAGCUUGAAGAGCUCAAGGCAGACGAAUACGGUUGCAAAUCUUUUAAGCAAGAUAAGACAAAGGAUGAUGAGAAACCGACGUGCUUGAUGCUUUCAAGGCCUCAGACAAGGAAGAGAAGGCAAAGGAAAGAUUUCAAGAAUGACGUCCUCCCGGCACUCACAUCAUUGUCGAGGCAUGAAGUGACCGAGGAUCUCCGGAUGCUUGGAGGGAUAACAAGCACAGGAAAGUGGCGACUGACAGUUUCUAGAAAGACAAAUAGGAACAAAAACAAGUCGCGCUCUCAAAGUGGGAGGAGACAACUAAGAAAUUUGGCCAUAGCAAAUGCAGAAAUGCACAAUAGUCCCCUUCCAGAGCAACCUACUAACACAGAGUUGGAGAAUGCUGGGAGCAGCAUAAUUGGAUGGGGGAGGACUACAAGGAGGUGUGCAAGGCAAAGAACAGCAAAUGCCUGUGCUCCUCCCUAACAAUGUAGCUUUAGAGCACAAGAGUCCUUGUCGUCCUCAAGGAUAUACAGUGUUUCUCAGUUAAACUAGAUUUAGAGAUGACAAAGAGUGUAAAUGUUGGUCUUGAUUUGGACCUAUUUUCACUGGCUUUUAGGGAGUUUUGUAGAUUCUAUGGAAUAAUUUGUUGAUUUCUACAAGAACUGUGGGGAAAAAAAUUUGACUUUAGUCAAUGUGGAUUGUGUACAUUAAGCAUGACCAUCGAGUUUAUUGAAUCUGUUAAUUUAGCAUCA